AUGCUGUAUGAAUUGUUGUUUGUUGCCGUGAUGCUCAUCAUGUGCUUUGCAAUAAUUAGCAACAAAAGAAACGAGCUAAACAGAAAGGUAGUGUUGCUACAUCCGUUCAAACUUCAUUUCGCAAGAAACAUCAAUGAUCAGAUUUCUGUCCAUCAGCAUGGCUUGAAAUCCGCAGGGCACCAUGCUCUUGCGUAUUUGUGCUCAAUAAUCACACUGAAAAGAGACUUUUGCCCAUCAUACAUUCUAGGUGCUGUUCCAAACGAAAGCAUGAUCCUGGUAGGAUGCAUGAAAGCAAAAGUACCUUGCAUGUAUGCAUUUAAAAAGACAAUAACACCAAAACAUUAUGGGCUGAAGUACACUAAAAAGUACCUUAUUGAAAGCGCACCACGAUACAGGAUAUUUGGAAGUCCUGAGCAGAAACAUGUUGCGUUUCUGAAAAAGUACAGCGAUAUAAGCAGUUUCUGGAUAAGCUAUGUGCCUGAAAACAUAGAAGAUGGCUACACUGACUUAGAAAGCCAGGUUUACCUCAAAGGCAAGCUUGAAUUGCUUGAAAAUAAGGAGUUUAUUGACGAUUUUAUGAGUCUAUUUGAGAACAUAAAGAAUGAAUCAGAAAAGAAGAUUGCUGAUGUAAGACGAGGAUGCAACAAUGAUGCUCAGAAAGCAAGGGCAAAGAAAAACAUGAGUAUUGGUGAGAAAUUCAUGCAUUCAAUCAAAAGCAAGAAAUCGAGCAGAAAAUAA